UGACAGCUGUGCGGCUUCCACAGUCACUUGAAUUCAUGUACAACUAUUCACACUGGAUUCUUGAAUAAAGACGGUACUCUCUGACCCAGCCAUACGCACCAUCCACCAUGGUGAACAAUGACUGUACCCACCUUACCAUCUUCGUUGCCAUUGGCUUCUGCUUACCAUUUCCAUGCUAUUUGUGUCCAGGAGAUGAAAAUGCAUCAAGUUUGCCAGAUUGUUGCCGCACAACAUCAGUGCCCUGCAUAUCGUCAAACUGCUCAUGCUGCUGCAGUUACCACAACAAAUCGAGCAUCACAACCAUGUCUGAUACACCAAGAAAAGAUGGGGAAAUAAGAAAUAAAUUAGAGAACACUUCCAACUGUGAGUCCAUUAAGGAAGACCUGAAUGCCUAUGGCUGGAAAACAGUUCAAGAAAGACAGAGUACACAUCAGGGAAACGUGAUUCAGAACUGUCAUUUCUACUCUUAUGUGGAACGCACAUUUGCCAGCUUGGAGAACCAGAAUGACUCAGAGGAGAACAUCUACAAGGGGUUCAAGUGGAGUCAAGACAGGAACAAACUGACCGACUUUCAGAAAGCUGUUCCUUCCUUUAACGACAUCCUAGAUCAAGGUGAUGAUGUUUAUGUCGACAUUCCACGUGACACCCUGAUCUGUGCUGCCAAUGACAGCGACGCUGAAGUGAAUGUCACUGUCGUCUGGUUUGAGGACACCUCCCUUUUCCCGGUGGAUGACAAUAACUUGGAACUCCUCAGUAACCGGGUGAUUUCCAUCAGCAUCAACAGCAAUGUUUCUGAACUUCUCUUUCCCAUCAACAUCACCUUCUACCAUAAGAACACGUCGGUGAACAGUUCAUGGCUAAGAACGUGUGUGUUCUGGGAAGUGAAUGACAAUGGAAAUGGAGCACAGUGGAAUAGUUCCAGCUGCAGAACAGACCCUCAAGACAACAAAACGAACUGCAUCUGUUCUCACCUGUCCUUUUUUGCCGUGCUCAUGAGCGUAAGAAGUGUCCCGCUGAGCUUGUCCACUGUCCACACUCUGACGUUGUUCUCCAUCAUCGGCUGCGGCAUGUCAGCGGCAUUUCUUGCAUUGGCGCUGCUUAUCUUUGUCCUCUUCAGGAGGAAGAAAUGUGACCACGCAUCCUAUAUCCAUGUCAACCUCUGUGCAGCGCUGUUCUUCUUCAAUUUGUCGUACAUCGUGAACCACAGCCUGUCCUCCACGGACCUCUUUGUGAUCUGCAUCUUUAUUGCCGCCGUCACACACUACUUUUUGCUGUGUGCCCUCACCUGGUUCGCCAUUGAGGGCUUCCAUCUGUACCUGCUGGUUGUUCACGUCUUCAACAUCUACGUCAGGAGAUACCUGCUCAAGCUGUGCCUGCUGAGCUGGGGGCUGCCUGCAGUGGCUGUUAUUACAAUUGCCAGCUGUCAAAAAUAUGGGGCACACAAAAUUUAUAUAAAGGAGGGAGGGUCUGUUUCAGUGUGCUGGCUCUUAAGCUGUGCUUUGUCCAUCGCCAACUUCACCUACAUGGUGCUUGUGGUCCUGCUCAACACCCUUGUGUUUGCGAUAGUCAUGGUGUGGAUGUUUCGCAUGCGCAGACAGAGCCCCUCCCUUGGGGAAAAGGGUGUUACCAAACAGAAUGUGUUCAGCCUGCUGAUGCUGUCCUGGCUGUUGGGGCUGUCCUGGGGGUUGCUUCUCUUCCAGUUCGGGAGCCUGCAGGAGGCAUCCUUCCUGUUCUUCACCGUGACCAACUCCCUCCACGGACCCUUGCUGUUCCUGCGGCAGUGCCUUCAGAUCAGGCAUGAGCGCUCACUGCAGUCCACAAAGACCAGGAGUAACCAAGUGACCAACCCAUCCUAGAGCAAAGCAGUUGGUGGAACAGCCCAUGUUUAGCCUCCUGAUAAUCUCCUAUACCCCAGCUGUGCUUCUUCUCUGGCCACUUAGUGAGUGGGUUGUUGGGUUUGGCCCCCAGUCUGGUGGACUGAGCACCCUGUAUCCCUCAGAGCUGCUGAAUUCCUCCAACAUUCAAGAAGGGUCUCAAACCCAUCUCUU